AUGACCGCCGUCCUCAAGCAGUCGUGGCUGCCGUUCCUGGACAGCUGGGCGCUCGCCCUCCAGCACUUCCCCCUCAUCAGCAACGGCUCAUUUGUCACCAGCUCCAGCUCCGGGGCAUUGGCGCUUUGUGCGUUGGACGGCCCCACGCAGCCUUUACAGAUCAACAAGACCGCCCAUGAGGCUUGUGUGAAUGCCAUCGACAAAAUCGACCAGUAUACUUUGGCCUCGGCCUCGGCCGACGGAAUCAAGGUCUGGGACUUGCGCCAGAGCUUGAAUCGGCCGCAACUCAGUCUCACGAAUAGCCGAAAGCUGACGUUUCUCUCCUUGGGCAGCAAUGCGGGCCACUGGCUUGCAGGCGGCACGGAGCUAGUGGGCACCGACGCGGAAUUGCAUCUCUGGGACUUGAAGAGCCCGGCGCACGCCGUGCGUCUGUUCGUGGACUCGCACCAUGACGACAUCACGGCAGUCACGUUCCAUGGCAGUCUCCCGUACCUCAUGUCGGGGUCGACGGACGGCUACGUCAACGUGUAUAACCUCGGGGAGCCCGACGAGGACGAGGCUCUACAUCAGGUGAUCAACUUUGCCUCGGUGCAUCUGUGUCAUUUCGUGCAGCCCAACCGCAUCUCGGUGCUUUCUCACAUGGAGACGUUGGCGUUCUGGGAGCUCAACAACACCAACUACGAGGCCGCCGAGGAGCCCAGGCCGCGGGUGUUGGGGGACGUGCGUGCCGUGUGGCCGGAUUGCGAGUACGUGGUCGACAUCCACGACGCGGGCUACGUCUCUUACGGUGCCAAUCUGAAGCUGAGCUUGACGUUGGUUCCGUUUGACGCGAAAAGCGAGGGCUUCGACGCCUCGGGCUCCAUCUCGUUGCUGCCUGCACAUGGCGAGGACGUCGUCCGGGACGUGAUGUUCAUUCCCGGCACGCGGGGUGUCUUGACGUGUGGCGAAGAUGGGUUGGUGAAAGCAUGGGAGCUCCCUUCGGAGGUGCCGAGUGGGCUGCAUGCUGUGGGCGAUGCUUUGGCGGAUAAUGGCGUGUCUACACAGAGCAGCGAUAAGGACAGGAAAAGACAGGAGAGGAAAGAGAGAAAGAAGAAGAAGGAUAGGAAGGACAAGAACAAGCCGAAGAAAGACGCGCGGUUCAAGCCCUAUUGA